CGUGUCAGCUGGUCAGAGAGUGUGCCUCGUUCCUGACAUUAUUUAGAAGCAUAAAUUCACCUUUUUCGGAAGUCUUUCAAGUAGUCUGAUGUCUGGCCAUCAUCAGCUAUGAGUGUGAGGCGGCGGCGGCCCCAGAGGAGUCCGGGCCAAGACCACAGCAGGACCAGUACCCCUUCUCCAUCCCCGUCAAGGAGCAGUUCCAUUUCGUCGCUGUCAUCAAGCUCAUCACCCUCCAUUCAGGCACUCCGUUGCCCCCCUCAAGGCACAGAGUCGGAACGCAAACUGAAACUUGCCACCAUCCACAAGGCCCUGACGGCUGACCCUGUGGACGUGGCCGCGCUACGUAAGCUUGCCAUCAGUAAAGGGGGUCUACUGACUGAUGAUGUGCGCAGGAAGGCGUGGCCCAAACUCCUCAAUGUCAACCUGUUCGAUGUCCCUUACAAAAAAGGAGUCAAACUAGAAUCCCACAGAGACUAUCACCAAGUUGUGCUGGACGUGAACAGGUCACUCAAGCGAUUUCCAAAAGGCAUGCGAGAUGAUCAGAGGGAAGCAUUACAAGGCCAGCUGGUUGAUGUUAUCGUCAGGGUCCUCAUGGAGAAUGAGCAGCUACAUUACUAUCAGGGUUAUCAUGAUAUAUGCGUGACGUUCCUCUUGGUCGUCGGGAAAGAGGCUGCAUUUGCACUCGUUCACAAACUGUCUACGCAUCACUUAAGGUAA